ACAACUGCUGAGAUAGCAGUGGAGGUGAACUGUCUUUGGACUUGCAACAGGAGGCGACAGAUUGUGGUAGUGAAGAGCACACAAAAGAAGGAGAUGGAGUUUGUAGUGGGUGCUUCAGAAGCCACCAUGAGGUCUCUCCUAGGCAAGUUGGGCAGCCUCCUUGCCCAAGAGUACACUCUGAUCCGUGGCGUCCGCGGUGACAUCCAAUACAUCAGUGAUGAGCUCGCCAGCAUGCAGGCUUUUCUUGGCGACCUCGGCUCUGCCCUGGACAACCACGAUCGCCGGCUCAAGAACUGGAUGAAGCAGAUCCGUGACAUGGCAUAUGACAUGGAAGACUGCAUCGAUGACUUUGCUCAUCGCCUCCCUCGGGACUCCCUCAGCGAGGUAAGAUGUUCCUUCCUGGUGAUGGCAGUCUACGAGGUGUGGACAUUCAGGCCUCGCCGCGACAUUGCUUCCAAGAUUGCCGAGCUCAAGGUCCGAGCACAAUACAUUGCUGAGCGGCGCAACAGAUAUGGAGUGGACAACCCAAACACAAGAACAAGCUCCCAAGCCGGAGCAACCCAUGCUAUUACGUAUGGCAUUGCUGAGCAUUUGCCAGCGAGCCGUCAGCUCAUCCGCACAGAGGACCCCGUGGGAGUGAAGAUGGACAUGGAGAAGCUCCGAGGUUGGCUAACCAAACAUGAUAAAGGCUCUCAUCUAGCCGUUGUGUCCUUGAUUGGAUUUGGUGGUGUGGGAAAGACCACCAUUGCCAUGGCACUGUACCGAGAUUUCAGGAAUGAAUUUGAUUGCCGGGCGUCAGUCACGGUGUCUCAGAACUUCGAUGAAGAUGAAAUCCUCCGGGAUGUUCUUGGGCAAAUCAAACCAGCAAACAGUCAAAUUAAGCCAAAGGAGGAGGGGCAGGAGGGCAACAACAUAGGGAAGUUGAAGAAGAAAAACCUACUGGUAGACAUGAAAAGCUCAGUGAAGCAAGUUGUGCCACUGCUCUCUGGUCACAUGCCGCAAAGCAAUGAUGGCAGCAUGCAGAGUAAGAUAGAAACAAUGAAUCGUGACCAACUUAUCGAAGAACUCAAGAAACGCCUUCUUGGAAGGAGGUAUCUCCUGUUGAUUGAUGAUAUAUGGUCCGUAGAAACAUGGGAGACCAUUAGAAAUUGGUUACCACAUGAUAAUACAAAUGGUAGUAGAGUAAUAGUAACUACAAGAUUUCAAGCUGUUGGUGCAGCGUGCUCAGAAAGAGAUGGAACUGAUUAUGUCCAUACAGUUCAUGUUCUCAGUGACGCCGACUCCAAAAGCCUAUUUCAUCAGAGUAUUUCUGACUCCCCAAGCAGGAAAGAAGGUGAAAGAAUGGACACAAGAUCUCAAGUUGUUGGUACUGGGUCCUCCAAAGGAGAUGGAACUGAUCAUUUGCCUUCAGCGGAUGUUCCUAGUUUUUCUAAUCCACAAAGCAGGAAGGUUGGGGAGAAAGAAGAGGUCCAUGAGGAUAUAUGGAAAUACUGUGGGGGGCUGCCAUUGGCCAUAGUCACCAUGGCUGGCCUUGUUGCCUGCAACCCCAAAAAAAAGAGUGAUCAUUGGAGUAAAGUUUGCAAGUCAUUAUUUCCGGAGCAGGUGGCUCCCCUUACAUUGGAGGGGGUCACAAGGAUACUUGAUUAUUGCUACAAUGAUUUGCCAGCAGAUCUCAAGACCUGCUCAUUGUACUUGAGCAUAUUCCCCAAGGGCUCAAAAAUUAGUAAGAAGCGUCUGACCCGGAGGUGGAUAUCAGAAUGUUUUGUUUCUGAGAAGGAAGGGCUGAGUGCAGAGGAAGUCGCAGAAACAUACUUCAAUCAUCUUGUAAGAAGGAAGAUAAUACGUCCUGUGGAUCACAGCAGCAAUGGAAAGGUCAAAUCAUUUAAAGUUCAUGACAUGAUCCUUGAAUAUAUCGUGUCCAAGUCAAGCGAAGAGAAUUUUAUUACUGUUGUUGGUGGACAUUGGCUGAUGCCAACUCCUAGCAACAAAGUCCGUCGACUUUCCAUGCAAAGCAGUGGUUCCAAGCAUGGGAAUUCAACAAAAGGCAUGAACUUGUCUCAAGUGCGGUCACUGACAGUGUUUGGAAGCCAGAACCGACGACUCCCUUUCAAGUCGUUCAACAAUGGAAUAAUACAAGUGCUGGAUCUUGAGGGUUGGAAGGGUCUUACAAAUAAACAUCUAAUUGACAUAUGUAAAAUGCUUGUACUGAAGUAUUUGAGCCUCCGACGAACAGAGGUUUCUGAGAUUCCCCCAAAGAUUGAGAAGCUCCAGUAUCUAGAAACUCUUGAUAUAAGGGAGACAAAUGUCGAGGUGCUGCCCAAGGGUUUUGGACAGCUCAAACAGCUACGUAGCAUGCUUGGAGGGAACAAAAACACAAGGAAGGCAUUGAAGUUACCACACGAGAAGAAUAAGGAGCCGAUGAAAGCACUUUGUAUACUAUCAGGGAUUGAGAUCGAUGAGGACUCAUCAGCUGUAGCAAGCCUUCAUCAGCUGACUGGGCUAAGGAAGCUUGCCAUUUACAAGCUCAGUAAACGGGAGGGCGGUCAGACCUUCACACAAUUACGCUCCGCCAUCGAGUACCUCUGCAGCUGUGGUCUACAGACUCUUACAAUCAAUCCACCUUCGUACAUAUAUCCUACAGUACGUGUUUGAUUGAGAUUUCUGUACCUUAUAUUUAACUAAAUAGUAGUCACAUGGUUCAGUUGGUGUAUGUAGGUCUGUUGCCCAAAGUGCUGGAGUUUUAGGGAGGUGGAUUGCCUUCAAAUGCAUGCAGCA